CGCUGUGUAAUGAACGUGUGGGCUCUACUACUCGUGUUCUUGGCAGUAUUAGUCAUUCAAGCUGAAGGUAGCAAACGUAAAAAGACCAUGCCAAAGUCAAGAGGUUUGAUGAAGAACGGAUUUAAAAAGAGAGUGCAAAAAGAAAAAGAAAUCGAGAGAGACCCGGCUUUGAAGAGAGACGAAGACGAAUAUUCUUUAAGCCGUUUUCAAGGUGCAAUCAAUGAUGUAAAAAGGAUCGUUCAAGAGAAGUUCAAGGAAAGAGCUUCAGUGCGCUCAAUAAGAUGGAUAACAAAACUGGAAAGAGAAUGGGAUGCACAAGAACUGGAAGAAAGGAAAGCAAGAGCCAAAGCACUGGAUACUGUGAAGAAAAAUAUCAUAGCUCUUGGAGAUGGCGCUGAUGACUCAAACAAAGCCAUCAAAGGAGUUCUGAGUUUGGUAGAAGGAGCUGCGUCGUUAGCUGGACCUCUAGGUGAAUUAGUUAGCGUGGGAGCCAUGUUUGUCUCGAGUUUUCUGAGCAUGUUUGGCCACACUAAAAAGCCAAAACCAAUGGCAGUGAUUGUGAGGGAACAGAUCAAUGCCGCACUAGAGGAAUUCUUGGAAGAAGUCAUAUCCAACGAAGCUGAGGCUGCUGUCAUGGCCUUUAGAAGUGCUAAGGGAUACGUUGAUGCCUUAGGGCAGGAUAACGACAAGAUCCCUGAUGAUGAUGUCGACGCUCUGGCUUCCAAUGUUCCUGCAAGAGAAGGAAUCAGCAUUAUGUCAAAGUUGUUUAAUUUCAUCGAAGACAUGAUUGAAGAUAACAGACCUAAAGAUGCCCGAAAGUGCUUCAGAUACUUAGAGCUCUAUCUACGACUGGCGACCUUAAGGAAAAUGAUUCUCAUGCAAGUAGUGUCCCUAAUUCCAGAAACUCGUAAUAUUACAGCACAAGGAUACAUCGGAUCUAUGAACGUGAUCUUAGACGAAACAGAGUACAUGCUUAACUUCCUCCACGACCUUUCUCUCCAAAGCAAACUAAUGCCAUACUUCGAUGGUGAUAGAUACUUCCAAACUGCAGCGUAUUUAAAAAUAGAAUUGAAUUUAGAAAGGCCAAAUCCGUUUCCUGGUUUGCACUGCAUAGACCCUGAUGAUACUUAUUCUUUUGGAUGGGUCAAGCAAGAUGGACUUAACCCUCCAAUGUUGCACCCUAUUGCCACCAUCACUCCAAAACGUUGCUCCUGGAAAAUAAUUGCCCAUGGAAACGAUCAAUUCAGCAUUGUCAACAAGUACGACUGCCCAAAUGAUGCUUGGUGUGAUUCUUUGCUGUCCAUCGAUCCGAGGCCAGGGAAAAAGACUAUAGUUGGUUUGGAAAAGGAGGACCCCGUGAUUUGGGCUAUUUUGAAGAAUCCAAGAUCUCAAGAGGAUAAGUACUUCAUAGUAAGCAGUAUCCUAUGCGGGGAAAAUUGCAGAAAGUUUCUGAAUUUUGAAACAGAAAGAUUCCGCGUGCUGAACGCUGCAAGCACCAACAGAGACCAGGAGGUUCCCUUUAUAGUUGGAGUUCUUGACACCCAACCAAAAUACACUUUCAAAAUUUACAAAGCACCGGAACACGAUGUUACAUCCAGUAAUACCACAAAGUCCACUAGUAAAGCUCGUCCUGGCGACACUGACUGGGUGACUUCAGAGGCUCUUAAAAGAGACCUUCUCGGCGUUAAUUAAAGGAAAUUGAAUCGUUAUUCAUUCAGUAUUGCUAGUUUGAUAGAAUGUGAUGAUUGUAGCAUGAAUAGCUGUUAAACAAUUCUAAUAAAAGCAUAUAUUCGAAGGCA